AUGUGGGAGGCACAGUUCCUGAUCUUGCUGCUUCUCCAACUGCAGUGGGUGGAUCCAGUGGAGACGUCAGAACCUAGGGCAAAGGUCCCCGUGGUAUGGGCCCAGGAAGGAGCACCUGUCCAACUCCCCUGCAACCCCAAAAUUCCUGUCAAGGAUGUCAACCUUCUGCGAGGUGCAGCGGUCAUUUGGCAGCAUCAGCCAGACAGUGGCCCGCCUGAUCCCGUCCCUGGCAGCUCCCCAGCUCCUGGCCUGCGCCCCCGAGCGCCCUCCUUUCCAGGGACAGGACCUCGCCGCUACACAGUGCUGAUCGUGGCCUCGGGAGGUUUGCGCAGCGGGAAGCAGCCCCUGGAGCCCCGCAUCCAGCUGGCGGAGCGAGACUUCCAAAGUGGCGACUUCUCGCUGUGGCUGCGCCCAGCCUGGCGCGCCGACGCCGGCGAGUACAGCGCCACCGUGCGCCUCCGGGACCGCGCCCUAUCCUGCCGCCUUCGCCUGCGCGUGGGCCAGGCCUCGAUUACUGCCAGCUCCACAGGGCCUCUCAAGACCUCCGAGCCAGUUAUUUUAAACUGCUCUUUCAGCCGCCCUGAUCUCCCAGUAUCUGUGCGCUGGUUCCGAGGCAGGACUCAGGUUCCUGUCCAAAAAUCCCCCCAGCAUCACUUAGCUGGAAGCUUCCUCUUCCUGCCUCAAGUCAGCCCCUCAGACUCAGGGCCCUGGGGCUGCAACCUCGCCUACAGAGAUGGCUUCAUUGUCUCCAUCACAUACAGCCUCACUGUUCUGGGUCUGGAGCCCCCAGACCCCCUGACAGUGUAUGCUGGGGCAGGUUCUAGGGUGGAGCUGCCCUGCCGUCUGCCUCUUGUUAUGGGGGCCCAAUCCUUCCUCACUGCCAGGUGGGCUCUGCCUGGAGGCGGCCCUGACCUCCAGGUGGCUGGAGACAAUGGCAAUUUUACCCUUUGGCUGGAGGCUGUGAGCCCAGCCCAGGCUGGGAGCUACACCUGCAACAUCCAUCUUCGGGGGCAGCAGCUUAAUACCACCAUCACUUUGGCAGUCAUCACAGUGACUCACAAACCCUUUGGGUCACCCGGCUCUCCUGGGAAGCUGUUUUGUGAAGUGACUCCCGCAUCUGGACAAGAACGCUUUGUGUGGAGCCCCCUGAGUAACGAGACGUGGAAGAGCUCCCUAGGGCCCUGGCUGGAGAUGCCAACCCCACCAUCCCAGCCCUGGCAGUGCCAGGUGUAUCAGGGGAGGAGACUUCUUGGAUCUGCGUUAUACGUCACAGAGCUGUCUGAGCCAGGUGCUCAGCGCUCUGAGAGAGCCCCAGGUGCCAUCAAAGCAAGCCACUUCUCACUCUUUCUCAUUCUUGGAAUCCUCUUGUUGUUCCUCUUUUCAACAGGAGCCUUUGGCUUUCACCUUAGGAGACGACUGUGGCGGCCAAGAAGAUUCUCUGCCUUAGAGAGUGGGAUUCACCCUCCCCAGGCUGAGAGCAAGACAGAGGAAUUGGAGCAAGACCUGGAGCUAGGAUCAGAGCAAGAACCAGAGCUGGAGCCAGAGCCAGAACUGGAGCCAGAGCCAGAGCAGCCCUGA